AUGAGAGAUUUUAAAUUAUUUCUUAGUAAUAAAGGAUGUAUGGAUAAAGAUAUUGUUCCUUCUAAUGGAUGUUUUUUUAAUAAUUAUGACUGUAUUUAAGGUUGUGAAAAUUGUAUUAAAGGAAUUUGCUAUGAAUGCUUAAUUGGAUGGGAAUUUAUAGAAUAAUUUAAUUCUUGUAUUCCUUUAUGUGGAGAUGCCAUCAUCACUUAUGAUGAGGAAUGUGAUGAUGGUAAUUAAUUUAUUUUUGAUGGAUGUCAUUAAUGCAAGUAUUCUUGCCCUAAAGAUUGUAAAUUAUGUUAAUUUGGAAAGUGUUUAAUGUGUGAAAAGAAUUAUCUAGUUUUAGAAGGUUAAUGUCAAUAUAUUCCUGAUAACAUAGGAUUGGCUUAUAUGGAAAGAGAUUGGAUUCUUUUAUUUAUAGAUUAUGGAUACUAAUAAAAUAUAUUAUAAUUGAGGAAUCAAUUAUCUAACAUAGAUUAUAAUAAUAAAAAUUAUUUAGGAUAUUUUGAAUAGAUAUAUUUGAAUUUUAAAGUUUUUUUAUUUGGAUAUGAACAUAAUCAAUCAAAGUUUUUAUAAUUAAAUAAUUGUAAAGUGGAGUAUUUUGGAAAGUGUUUGGAAUGUUAAGAUGAAUAUGAAUUAGAUUUUCAUAAAACUCAAUGUAUUCCUAAAUGCUAGGAUGGUAUUAUAUUAUCACAAGAAAUAUGUGAUGAUGGAAAUAGAAUAUAAUUUGAUGGUUGUUACAAAUGUUAAAAAAGUUGUUAAAUAGAAUGUUUAUAUUGUUCUAAAAAUUAAUGUUAUAUAUGUUAAGAAGGAUGGUAACUUAAAGAUUAUUAAUGUAUAUAGAUUUGUGGAGAUGGAUUAUUGGCUAAUUUUUCUAAUGAGUAAUGUGAUGAUCUUGAUGAUUUAAAUUGUAUUAAUUGUAAAUAUUAAUGUGAUAAUGAUUGUUUGGUUUGUGAUAAGUUCAAAAAUUGUGAAAUUUGUUCAUAUCCAUUUCAGAUUAAAGAUGGAAAAUGUUUACCUAUUUGUGGGGAUAAAAUUAUUACUCCCAUUUUUGAAGAAUGUGACGAUGGCAAUGAAAUCCCAUAUGAUGGAUGUUAUGAAUGCCAAUUCUAAUGUUCUUUAGGAUGUAUACAAUGUAAAGAGGAUAAUCAUUGUGAAUAAUGCGAUAACUUAUAUUUUAUUUUAGAUACUCAAACAUUUAAAUGCUAAGAUCUAUAUUAAAAUAUAGAUUCAGAACUAAAAUAAAAUGAUACUAAUUUGUUUACUGUAUAAUGUAAAGAGAAUUAAAUGUUUAUAAAUAAUUAAUGUGUUAAUUAAUGUGGGAAUGGAAUACUUAAUAGUUAAUUUGAAUAAUGCGAUGAUGGAGAUAAUAUUGGUGGAGAUGGAUGUUCAGCUUUUUGUUUUGAAGAAGAUUCCUUUUUAUGCAUUAAUUAAGAAAAUUCAUUAAGUAUUUGCACUUUUAUUCAAAAACCUGAUUUCAAUUUAAUUCUAUUAUCUGAUAAAAAUAAUCAAACAAAAAUACUUGAAUUAAGUUUUACUUAAAAUGUUUAUAAAUUAUGCUAAUUUCCAUUUGAAAAUAUUGUAGAAAUUAUCAUCUUACCAUAAACAGAAUAAAAAAUUACUAUUGUACCUAAUAUUAAUAUUACUUCUUAAUUAAAUAAUCCUAGUUAUAAAAUUUAUAUUGAAUUUUUGAAAUCUGUUGCAGAGCCAAUUUUAUAAAUUGACAUUCAGAAAUUCUGUAUUUUUAAUUAAUUUGAAUUGGAUUUAACUACAAAUACCAAAUAAAUAGCUCUUGGAACCCCUUUUUUAUUAUCAGAAGAUAAUUAAAAAAAAGUAACUUCAGUUAUCAAAAUGAAUGAUGCUGUGGUUUAUUCAACAGCUAGUAUUGCUGGAAUACUUUUAUUAACUGGUAAUUACAUUGUAUUUUUUAAUUUAUUAGAUUUAUUGUAAUCACUAUCUUAUAUUAAAUAUAUGCAAUAUAAAUUUCCUCCUCAUUUAAGCUAAUUUCUUGAAACCUAUACUAAAAUCUCUUUAUAACCCAUAUUAGAUAUUUUCAAAGUUAAUGAGAUUAUUGCUAAACUUAAUGGAGGUACUCUUCCAUCUUAAGGAUAGAAAUCGAAACAACCUUAAUAUACAAAUGCUAUGAAUUAAUUUUAUUUAAUCAAUGCAAAAGGAUGCUUCUUUUCUUACUUAGCAUCAUUACUUACAUAUUUUAUGUGCUGUCUAAUAUCUUCAAUUCAAGUAUCAUAAUGGUUGAGAAAACGUUAUGAAAAGAAUAGUAAUAAUAUAAUAGUUCUUCAUAGAAUUUUAAUUUUUUAAAAGACAAUUUUAUCGAAAUGUUCAAAAUUGA